AAAAUUUAAUGAAUUUAUGUCCUAAUGAUAUCGACGUCGUGUGUCACAACGGACCCGAAAGUUCAACAAUUACCGGAUCAGUUGAAUCAUUGAAAGCAUUUGUUGAAAAGCUACAGGUUACUUUUACGCCAGGCAAACGAAAUUUUUGCAAAAGUGGUAUCGGAGAAAAAAAUACCGUAUCAAAGCCGCUAUAUCGCUCCAGUUAAAAGCAUUCUUUUGACAAAUUUAAAAACAGUUAUACCAGUAGCAAAACAUCGAAGUUAUAAGUGGUUGAAUACAUCGGUGCCACGGAAUGAAUGGUCGACUUCAAAUACACAAUACCCAUCUCCCGAGUAUCUUACUAAUAAUUUGUUGAAACCUGUACUUUUUGCGGAAACGUGCAAAUUAAUUCCUGACAAUGCCAUCACCAUUGAAAUUACGCCGCACAACCAAGUACAAGAAAUUAUAUCAUUCCAGAAAACGGUUAUGAAUGUUACAUUAACGAAGUGAAAUCUCAUAAAUAACGUAAAAGUUUUCUUAGGAGGAUUAGGAAAACUAGAUCAUGUCGAUUUACAACUUGAUCUUGCUAAACUAUACUCACCUAUAGAAUAUCCUGUAAGACGAGGCCUCCAAUGAUAUCCCACCUUAUUCGAUAAGAGUUACGUGGAUUUAAAUCACGGCAAGGGUUAAUAAUUUUUUAAUUUGUUAUAAUUAAUUCAAAACUCAUUAUUUUUAUCAUGUUUAGGUAGGAAAAUUCUAACGAUUGGUUCACAAUGAAUUUCAAUAGCCAUAAGAGGCUUAUUUCCGUAGAAUGAAUUGUUCCAAUAGCGUAUACCACUAAAGAAUUCAAAUACAUAAAGGGUCAUAUAAUAGAUGGUAGAUAUUUGUUUCCUGGAACAGGAUAUAUAUGCUUGGUGUGGGAAACGUUGGGAAUGACAAUAGGAAAUUUCUAUACAGAAAUGCCCGUUGUCAUGGAAAAUAUAAAGUUUAAUCGAGCAACCGCUAUACCCAAAGAAGGCAAAGUUGAAAUGGUUGUCAUGAUUCAGAAAGGCAGUGGUAAAUUCGAAGUUAUCGAAGGAAGUGCUGUUAUUGUUACUGGAAGAAUUCGUCUUAUCGAAACUAAUUUAUCGAAGGAGAAAAUACCAGCUGAUGUAAUCAAGAGAAAUGUUGAUAAUGAAGAAAAAGAAUUAAAUGAAAAAGAUCUCUAUAAAGAGUUGAAGUUACGUGGUUGUUAAUACAGCGGUCUCUUCCGAAGUAUACGCAGUGCAUCUAUUUCGGGAAGAAAAGGACAUUUCAAAUGGAAAAAGAAUUGGGUAGCGUUUAUGGAUAACAUGUUACAGAUGAAAAUCGUUAAUGUAAAUACUAGAGAUUUAUUGGUGCCUAUUGGAAUUCAAAAAUUGGUAAUAGAUGCUAAA